CGGCACAUCACAGGGGAUCUCUUCUCCUUAAUUGGUCUCAUUGUCCAUUGAUCCUCGAGGCCUUACCCCUGAUCUUUCUCGGUCUGCAACCUACUUACGACAUCGCUCACCCAGCACCGGGAAGCACGAAGCUGGUAUCCGGACCACUCUUAUCAUCGAGUUCUCGGCAAAGCAUCACCGUUGUGGUUCACCACAACAGGAUUCUUUUGGGGCAGCUCUCGACACAUCACCAGGCACCGUUCUGUUUCGGGGCACAAAGAUAAGCUCCAGAAAACCCGUCAUAUAUUUUCCCAUAUUUACAUGCCCAGUCCUCCUCCCAGCCCUCAAACGAGCUUUGCUAUCGACAAGAACCACACCUUUUCGACCCCUGACCCAAACAUCUUCACACUCCUGCAACCGCUCAGGAAAGGGUGGGAGCGCUGGCGGCCCAUGGGUACCAAGCAUCAGUGUUGGCGUUGGAAGUGCUGCGCUCCACCGAGCCGGGGGCGGUGCCGCUCUUGAGCAGGAAGUAGUUGAUGUACUGGUUGAGCUCCGAGUUCUGUCCGCUGGGGAACUGGCAGUGGUUGUGGCCACCGAUGAGCGAGAAGCCCAUGUUGUUGGGCACGCCGUAAGCCUUGUAGAUUUGGCGACCAGCACGCAUGCAGCCGGUGGUGGAGACGGGGCCGAGCCAGUCGAUGUUGUUCUCAAACACGGCGAGACCACGGGGCACGAUCAUGGCCGCAAGGAAGUGGUGAUCCUGCGGGAUGUUGGUGAUGGAGCGGACGUGCGCGUCAAAGUUUUUGGAGAACCAGGGCUGCUCGCCAAUGAUUUGACUGGCAGUCUGGAUGUUGGCGCCAGACGACUUUUGCUGGUCAGAGAUGCGCCAGCAGGCCGCACCACCGGCACCGGACUCCUGGGGGAUGGUGAGGGCGAUACGCUUGACGAAGGCGCCGGCAACAAAGGCACCCUUGCCGUUGCGGGAGCAGCCGGUCACGCCGAGACGUGUGGUGUCGAUACCCGCAGCAGGGGUCUUCUCCAGAGCAUCGAUCAACCGGUCAAUACCCCAAGCCCAAGCGGUAAGGGAACCAGCCGAGUGGCUGCUGCCGAAGAGGUCGUAGAACUGACCGCGGCCGCGAGAACCCAUACCGGACUGGGCACCGAAGGCGUCGUUGCCAAAGGUGAUGGUGGCAACGUUGCUGGGGAUGGGGAUGGAGGCGCCACCGACACCGAUGAUGGCGGGGAAAGGACCGCUGCCGGAUGGCUUGCGGAUGCCGGCGCUGAAGGUGAUGCUCUUGCUGCCGACAGUCACGCGGACCUGGAUGUUGUUUCCGCUCAUGGUACCGGUGACGCUGUCGGGGGGUGGUGGGUAGACACCGAACUCAUACUGCUGCAUGAUCUUGCUGAUCUCCUCCUGGCGGCACUCAAAGUCGGCCUUGGUGGUGAUCUUUUGCCCGCUGGCGCUGGUGAACGGAUCGGGGAGCUUGGAAUUGUUCUGGGUCGGGUAGUUGGCCUGGACGGAGCAGGUCUGACGCUCAAAGAUCUCGUUGGCGGGAGCGGCAACGGCAAAGGCCGCGCUGGCCACGAGAAGGGCGGAAGCGAGAUGGACCAUGAUGACGAUUCUUGCGAGGAGACGUGCUGUCAAGAGAUGAACACAAAGAGUUGGUUACCCCUUCCCAUGGCAAGUCGUUUGACGACUUCUGAUCCUUAUAUGGACUCAGCUACUCGCUCGGCCUCCCCUCAAGAGCCCCAUCCCGGUUCGGUGGUAGGGGGCAAAAAGGGAUGCGGGAGCUGUGCCUGGCGCGGCGUCAUCUGCAAUAUUCUCCGGACGCUUGCUUCCCUGCGGCCUUGCCGGCUGCAAUCAAUCAUGGGUCGAGCUGAUAUUGAAUCUUGGUCAACCCCUACAAGAAUAAUUCCUCCAAUCCGCUUCUCAGAUUCCUCAAGCGUGGCGAAGAAGACGGUGCAGCCUUGCUUGUCCUCCUUCCCCCGGGAACGGACGCUGUACCCCACCCAGAUCGAUGGCGAUGGUUGACAUUUGGUUGGUUGGCAGGGUGAAUUCAAUGUGGUUGUCUCCUGUCAACAGGGGUCAAAUGCGUGCGGCGGCGGCAGAAGGCAAAACAAAGACGGUUGUCUGUUGUUACCCUGUCUUGGCACUUUGGAUGAUGGCGGAGGCUGCACGUGUUCCCAAGCCCGUGUGAAUUCUCGACGAGAUUGGGGACUGAUUGGGGGUAAUAUGGAUAUUUGCCGGCGCAUCGCAGAUCAAACACACACCUUCUCGUUGACCCUCGGCCUCUACUUCGACCGCCGAUUGGCACCGGCCGACGGGAUGCUUCCGAAUGCAGCCACGGCUGAGCCAGUCCCGAUUGUGGGAUUGACGAGACGGGCUUGGGGCAGGAUUUAUCAUCUCUUUUAUUGUUGUGUUUGUUUCGUUUCCAUCUUGUCUUGGCCGAAUCGUUGAGGUUUCUAAAGUUGUUGGAUCUGGAGAACAUCGGUCCACUGAUCGUCUACCAAGUGGAAGACGACGCUGCGUCGAUGGUGGUACCUAAUACAGCAAUACCGGUCUGCCCCUGACAAGACCUACCAACAUCCCAACUCAACCUGAGCGUUCCAGAACGGCUGUCACUAGCUUGGCUCCCCGAUCGUCACGGGUACUCAGGCUCCAGUGGGCCAUAUGUCCGCCAAGCCAGCUUGACAGAUCUCGCAGUGACGUUGGGGUUCGCGGCAAAAGUCGAUGGUGCCCCACGCCGGAGAAUUCGGGGCACCCCAUGUACCCCAGACCAAUUGAUUGAGCUCUCUAAGACUGCCGACAUGUUGCAGGGCAUGCUGGCAAGGUCCUUCAAUGCCACAUGAAUGCCACACGGCGGCCACACGACUGCCACAUGAGUGCCACAUGGGAUCACUUACUCGCCACCAUCGAUACGCCUUACCUACCUUGGGCUUGGCGUUUGGUUCUUGAACCUUUCGAUCGCAUCCUUGUUUUGCGGCCCAUUUUAUCGAAUCAACGAGGCAAUCAGCAGAGAUCGUGAUACCAAUUUUGCACUCAUGAUUAUUGCACAUUUUGUCAAAAUUGCAGGUGCUGGUUGUUGAUAUUGCCGCCACUUACCCAGAGACCGGGUGGGCAGUGGCGGUCAAAUAUAGCCGCCAUAUGGACAACGCCGUGUCUUCGUCACAAGGUCUAUUUAUCUAGAUUAUGUGCGGGGAACGUGCCUGAGAUCACUCCUGAAUCUCUUUAGGGAAGACCAGUCCAUCCCUGAGCGCGCAGCUCAUCUCGUCCGGGACGACCGAGUUUUCGUCUGAUGGCGAACGGGUCGUGAGUUGUUCCAUGAGAUUUUGGCCAUUCCCGAUCUGCUGGGAAGGGGAUUCUCCAACUGGAGCUGGUUUGCGAAAGUGGAAAAUAUACAGCCAUGUAAAUUUGCAGAAGAGGUGAGAGUGGGCUAGUUUUCCACAACGAAAGAGCCUCCUCGGACUUGAUAUACACCCUCCGUUGCCCAAGCAUACCUGCCCACUGUGCCCAGCCUUUUCCUCUCCUACGGACCCCAAAACCUGACUUUGGUGGGAAGUCGUGAUGAUGGUACCGCUGAUCUUGGCGGCAUUCUUGGCUGCUGCCCUCCUCCCGGGGCCGGCGUCUGCACACGGGGGACUGUCCAACUACACGGUUGGCGAGACUUGGUAUCGAGGAUACGACCCCUCGACCCCACCAGAAGAACAGCUCAACAAACCCUGGCUCACCCAGCGCCAAUGGAUCACCAUCGACCCCCUCUUCAGUCCCACCUCCCCCUUCCUAGCAUGCAACGACCCCGGCACGCCCCCCCCGUCCUCCAUCCCGAUCAGCGCGGGCGAGGUCAUCACGGCGGUGUACUACUACUGGCUUCACCCCGUCGGCCCCAUGACCGCCUGGCUCACCCGCUGCCCCGACGACAACUGCAACGCUGUCAACCUGACCGAAGCGAAAUGGUUCAAGAUAUGGGAGGCAGGCUUAUUGGAUGGGACACUAGAGCUAGGAACGUGGUAUCAGAAGAGUUUUCAGCGAUGGGAUGGGGAGCCGGGGUUGUGGCCGGUGAGACUGCCAGAGGGUUUGGGCAGUGGGAGGUAUAUCAUUAGACAUGAGAUUCUCAGUUUGCAUGUUGGGUUCAGGCCUCAGUUUUAUCCCGAGUGUGCUCACUUGGAGGUGACGGGGGGGAAGGAAGGGAAGGGGGUGGAGGGGGAGGUGCCGGGCGGGUAUCUGAAGGUUUUCCCUGGGGCGUAUGAUCAAGAUGACGAGAGUGUUUUUGUUGACAUUUACUCCGAGGAGAAUGUCAAUACGACGACAUAUGUUAUCCCCGGAGGUCCGAUCUGGGAGGGCCUUGGCUUGGACUCGGAGGUUUGAACGGUCGCGGAAGAGUUGUGAACAAUGAACCGACAAGGACACUGAACUACACAAACAUGCGCUUAACAAUCUGGGAAAUGGACAAAGAAAAAAGCCAGCUGCAGCCAAGUGUGAAAAUUCUGUGUACCAAUCUAUCGUAUAUACCAUUUCCGCGUCUCGAUCCCAUCAUACCCUCCC